GCUUGAUCAAAACCAGGUGUUUUUUGGAGGCCGAACGGGGCCUCGCUCUCAAUUUGUACCCUCUGCUUGGGAACGAGAGAGAGAGAGAGAGAGAGAUUGAGGCGGUAAAUAUUCACAGAAACAUGAUCUCAAUUCCUCCGCUGGAAUCCCAACCCCUCUCUCUCCUCUCCACCACCGCCGCCGUCCACCACCAUCUUCCUCCUUCCCUCCUCUCAUCUUCUCAGCUGUGCCCCAGACUUCCCCCCAUUUCCACCGCCGCCUCUCGGUGCUUCUUCCUUCCCGUCUCGGGACCUCUCCGAUCCUUCUCCGUCGCCGCUACGGCUACUUUCAUGGCCAAUUCCGUCCCGCCAAGAAAUGGAGUAUAUACUGUGGGGGAUUUCAUGACCAGAAAAGAGGAUUUGCAUGUGGUAAAUCCUACUACAACAGUAGAUGAAGCUUUGGAACUUCUAGUAGAAAACAGAAUUACUGGUUUCCCUGUGAUUGAUGACACCUGGAAAUUGGUUGGCCUUGUUUCAGAUUAUGAUUUGUUAGCUCUGGAUUCCAUAUCAGGUGGUGGACGCACUGACACAAACAUGUUUCCAGAAGUCGACAGCACAUGGAAAACAUUCAACGAGGUACAGAAAUUGCUGUCUAAAACCAAUGGAAAACUGGUUGGAGAUUUGAUGACACCUGCACCAGUAGUUGUUUGUGAAUCCACCAAUCUCGAGGAUGCUGCCAGAAUAUUGCUUGAAACAAAGUAUCGCCGCCUUCCAGUCGUAGAUAGUGAGGGAAAGCUGGUUGGAAUUAUCACAAGGGGAAAUGUAGUGAGAGCUGCCCUACAAAUAAAACGCGACAAUGAAACCAAAGCAUGAAAUUCCCUGGAAAAUGCUCACUCCCUGUGAGAUUUUCUGGAUUCUCUAUUCAGCAACCAGAGAUUAUACUUCAAAUUUUAUCAAUCAAGAGUCCGAAGAAAAGGCAAAAUUUUGGGUUCUUCACAGAUGAUUCAUCGGUCAAUUUGAUAUAGAAUUCUUGUUGGGAAUGAAGCUAUUGAGGACAUAAGGGGGGAAUACUUUUUUAAGACACUAAUAAACUCCUAAUCCCAUGUAUAAUAGAAGCUUUUUGUGAGAAAAUGGAGGGGGAUUGUAUGCUCAGUUGAUCUAGCAAAUUUUUUUUUUUGAUCGGCAUUGAUCUAGCAAUCUUUAAUACAAAUUUUAUUUGUUUCA